UCUCUUGACAGCUGACUCGUCAAAGAGUUUGUUUUUCCAUGUAAUAUUUUUCCGUGUUUUUAUCAUCUGCAAUUUCGUGUUUUUCCUUUCUUUCUAAGACAGGAAUUUAACCAAGAUCCUUCCUCAAGAUGUCUUCUUCCGAAUGGGAUGAUUUGAGAAAGCUGGCCAGACGACUAGAGAAUGAUAUUGACCUAAAAUUAGUGGCUUUUAGCAAGGUGGGUUCUGGUGGGAGUACCUCUUCGAGUCCCGAUUCAGCUCCGCUCCUCGGUGAACAUAUCUUUGACAAUCUUUCCCUGGAAAUAGAGCAGAUGCUUGAGAAACUUUCCAAUAUUAAUGAUAAAAUGGCAGAAUUACCCGGAAGUAGCACCUCCAUGAUGAUUCAUACACUUCAGAGGCAUCGGGAGAUCUUGAAUGGCUACCGGCAGGAAUUCAGCAAAAUCCGGGCGAAUCAUACAACACGAAUUGAACGAGAGGAACUUCUGCGUGGUUCUGGGAUUGGCAAUUCAUCCUCCAUUGCUGGUGGGGGACUCAGUAGGCGGGAUAUGUAUCUCAAAGAGAGCUCCCACCUUAAUUCCUCCCACAGCCUCAUCAAUGAUCAAAUAAGCAUUGCAAUGGAGACAAAGGAGCACCUCACGUCCCAGCGGCAGUAUUUGAAGCGCCUCCAGACGCGCUUCAAUGACAUUUCCAAUCGUUUUCCCCUUAUAUCGAGCUUAAUUCAGCGCAUCAAUGUGAAGAAACGACGAGAUUCUCUAAUUCUCGGAGGAGUUAUCGCCGUAUGCACGUUCCUCCUUAUUCUCUAUGCAUUUCAUUAGUGUCCCAGCACCCAUAUGGAUAGAGGAUCAUGUUUAUUUUUGCGUAAAAUAUCUUUUUAUCUAUUUCAUUUAUUUUUGGAAUAAAAAUCAGUUGCAAUUAUA